AUGUACCGCUUUGCAGCCAAGCUUGCCUCAAAAGCCAGGGUUGCUGGAAACAGCAGCCAGCAGAUUGGUAGUAGAUUGGGUUGGAACAGAAACUAUGCUGCAAAAGACAUUAGAUUUGGUGUGGAUGCAAGGGCUCUGAUGCUUAAGGGUGUUGAGGAUCUUGCUGAUGCUGUUAAAGUUACUAUGGGUCCAAAGGGGCAUAAUGUAGUGAUUGAACAAAGUUGGGGUGCCCCUAAAGUGACAAAAGAUGGUGUGACCGUAGCUAAAAGCAUUGAGUUCAAGGACAGGGUUAAGAACAUUGGUGCGAGCCUAGUGAAACAGGUCGCCAAUGCUACAAAUGAUGUUGCUGGUGAUGGCUGCAAGUCUGUGGCAGCUGGCAUGAAUGCAAUGGACCUAAGACGUGGCAUCACAAUGGCUGUUGAUGCUGUAGUUACAAACUUGAAAAGCAGAGCAAGAAUGAUUAGCACGUCCGAGGAGAUUGCUCUGGUUUGUUUGUGGUGA